GAGUGGCGCGCCUCGCCGCGGAAGGGGCGUGGCCUCGGUCUAGGGUGGCGGCGGUUGCAGCCACCAAGGCUUCCUCCUGCGAGCGGUGCUGCAGAGGCCGGCCUGCGCGGGGCAGUCAUGGUCCCCCCUUGAGUGGGCUGUGCGACUAGCAGGGCGGGGCCGGGCUGGAGGGUGGCGGCCCGGCGGGGACGGGGGCGGGGCCGGCCUCUGGCUCCUUCUUCCUCCGCAUGUGGCUGGCGGCCGCAGAGCGGUUCAGUUCGCGCACUCUUCGCCGACGGUGUCUCCUUCAGGUUCUCCUAGCGUCACUGGAGCCAUGUCGUUCGACGAGACCAACCCGGCGGCAUCCUCCCUGCCCAACGGCGACUACGGCCGCCCUAGGGCGCGGCCCGGAGGAAACCGGGUGACGGUGGUGCUCGGCGCGCAGUGGGGCGACGAAGGCAAAGGGAAGGUGGUGGAUCUGCUGGCGCAGGACGCCGAUAUCGUGUGCCGCUGCCAGGGAGGAAAUAAUGCUGGUCAUACUGUUGUUGUAGAUUCCGUGGAAUAUGAUUUUCAUCUUUUACCCAGUGGAAUAAUUAAUCCAAAUGUUACUGCAUUCAUUGGAAAUGGUGUGGUAAUUCAUCUACCUGGAUUGUUUGAAGAAGCAGAGAAAAAUGUUCAAAAAGGAAAAGGACUAGAAGGCUGGGAAAAAAGGCUUAUUAUAUCUGACAGAGCUCAUAUUGUAUUUGAUUUUCAUCAAGCUGCUGAUGGCAUCCAGGAACAACAGAGACAAGAACAAGCAGGAAAAAAUUUGGGUACCACAAAAAAGGGCAUUGGCCCAGUUUAUUCUUCCAAAGCUGCUCGAAGUGGACUUAGGAUGUGCGAUCUUGUUUCUGACUUUGAUGGCUUCUCUGAGAGGUUCAAAGUUCUAGCUAACCAUUACAAAUCUAUAUACCCCACUUUGGAAAUAGACAUUGAAGGUGAAUUACAAAAACUCAAGGGUUAUAUGGAAAGGAUUAAACCAAUGGUAAGAGAUGGAGUUCAUUUCCUAUAUGAGGCCCUACAUGGACCACCAAAGAAAAUCUUGGUAGAAGGGGCAAAUGCAGCACUUUUAGAUAUUGAUUUUGGGACUUAUCCUUUUGUAACGUCUUCAAACUGUACUGUUGGAGGUGUUUGUACCGGUUUGGGUAUGCCCCCUCAAAAUGUUGGGGAAGUGUAUGGAGUUGUGAAAGUUUACACAACUAGAGUUGGUAUUGGUGCCUUUCCUACAGAGCAAAACAAUGAAAUUGGAGAAUUAUUACAAAAAAGGGGUGGAGAGUUUGGUGUAACUACUGGAAGGAAAAGAAGAUGUGGCUGGUUGGACCUUGUUUUGCUCAAAUAUGCUCAUAUGAUCAAUGGAUUUACUGCGUUGGCACUUACCAAGUUGGAUAUUUUGGACAAGUUUACAGAAAUCAAAGUUGGAGUUGCUUACAAGUUAGAUGGUGAAAUCAUACCUCAUUUCCCAGCAAAACAAGAAAUCUUAAAUAAAGUUGAAGUUCAAUAUAAGACUCUGCCAGGAUGGAACACAGACAUAUCCAAUGCGAGAACGUUUAAAGAUCUACCUGUUAAUGCACAAAAUUAUGUUCGAUUUAUCGAAGAUGAGCUUCAAAUUCCAGUUAAAUGGAUCGGUGUGGGUAAAUCCAGAGAGUCUAUGAUUCAACUCUUUUGAAGAUUGCUAGUAACGUAAGAAACACUCCCUGAGAGGGAGGGAAAAGACUUCCUUAAAUAUUUCAUUUUUGACCUGCAAAUUCAAGAAUAAAGACAUUGAAGUGAGUUUUAAGCCCUACAGUGGUUUCCAGUCUUAAUGGAUGGCUCUUGUGGAGGUGAACUUUGGCAUAUUCCAACGUCGGCUUUUCCCCGUCUGGCAUGACUGCCAAAUCAUUUGUUGCUCCUGCUGCGCAUGGUGCCACACUUUCUGUUAAUGUUUAGUAAUAGGCUCAUCCAUGUUGUUUCAAAUCUAAAAUAGAAUUACUUUUAAUGUAGUUUUUCUUCAUUAUUGUCAUUGUGUGUUUUUAGGUUUUACCCCUAUUGUAAUAGCUGAUAAGAAUGAUUAAUGCAGUUUUGCACAUAUAUUUUUACAUUCUGAUCAUUCAAUUCUGUCAUUGUACUCUUUGUUGUUAGAAAAAUGAUGAAAAGAUAGGGGUUCUGUAAACUUUCGUAAUGCUAUAAAUUCUGUUUAAAUUGUGGACUGUUUAUUUUCUGCUGAGACCAUUGCAAAAUUGAGCUUCGGCGGGGGAGGGAGAGAAGGGGGUUAUAUUCAUGGGUCCUUUAAUUUGUACAGAACACAGAACUUAUUUCUCUCUGUAAAUUAUUUAAUACAUUGGACAUGUAAUUAAAUGUUCAAAGAGAAAAGAUGUUCCCCAAAACAACAAUCUUAAUGUUAAAAGUAAUUAGUCAUUAAAAGAUCUGUUGUGAUAUUUGGUGGAUUUUUCUUUAAUUCCAGACAUUACCUCUGAAAUAUGUAUCUUUUCUUUUUAAUCUUACUAUUAUUUCUAAAUCUAGCGGAUUACUUUCUCAACAUUGUGCCUGCCAACAUGCCUACAAAAUCAUCUAUAAGUUUCCAGAUGAACCCAAGUUGUUGGCCAUAAUUUCAAUCAUGCCUUUAUUUCUGCUUUCCUGAAAAAAAAAAAGAUAUUAUUCUGACAAUUAGGCUUAACAUAUUAUGUUGUAGAUUACCCUUCAAUGAACUAUUUUAAAUGUUUAUAAUUUAAAUUUAUUUUAUUAUACCAUCAAUAGCUGAUUAAAAAGAACCAAAUAUUUCUAGUA